AUGGCAACGUUCAAACCUCUCGUUCCACCCCAUAUCAUCCCACACAAUGCCACAAAUCCCAAUGCUGCAACGCCUAUUCCAGGCACCCGCCCCUCCCUCUCACCCGCCUUCCGCGAUAACUUGACACUCUCCAGCUGGCUGCUGGUGGGCGGUCUCCUCCAGGGCCUGAGCCUGCUAACCCUCGGCCCAAUCACCCUCCUCCCCACGGCCCUCAUCCUCCUCUACCGGGCCAUCGACACCCUCCUAAUAACCUUCAAGCUCACCCGCAACCGGUACCUCGACGGUGUGGUGCACACCAAAUGGAGUCCCCAAAUCCCCUACCCAGACGGCACUUUCGGGCACGAGCCCUCCCGCGAUCAAAUCGUAGUCUUCCACCUCGGCGCACGCAGCAACCACCCCCUCGGCCUAUUCGCCCCGGGCAUGAAAGCGCUCGGCGAGCACUUCGAAGCCAUGAUCGACGAGAUGUGCGCCGACCCGCAGAAAUCUGGGCUCCUAGGGACGUCCCGCUGGAUCAAGCAGGAUGAUGCCGCGGGCAAUGACACGAUGACGGUAUUCUACCUACGCGAUUUUGAGUCGCUACAUCGGUUUGCGUAUGGCGAGGUGCAUAUGGACGGUGUCCGGUAUUGGAAUCGGAUUGUCAGGGACAGUCCGCAUAUUGCGAUUUACCAUGAGACUUAUGUGGUGCCGCGCGGGCAUUGGGAGGCUAUUUAUAUUAAUAGUAAGCCUACUGGGUUGGGGGAUAUGUGGUUCCCGUUCAAGGAGAAGGGGGAGGAGAAGGAGGAGGAGGAGGAGGAGGGGAAGGGUGAGACGCGUGGAUUUAUUCGGCCGAUUGUGGAUGCGAGGACGGGCAUUUUGCGGUCGAAGAAUGGGCGCAUGUCGACGGCGAAGAUGGAGGAGGUGAGGGAGUAUGAUCGGAAUUAUGGAGAUGCUUAUUCGGGGUGA